UAGGCAAAUAACUCCUUAAUCUUCAUGUGCAUGUGCUAAGCACUGGAGCACAUAGAGUUAGGAUUAGGUUUAGGUAGAGCCCUUGUCCAUAUGGAGUUUCUGACCUAAAUAGACACAAAUAUAGUAAAAAAGAGUGCAACGUGAAGUCCUAGGUGUUAUUAAUGAUAUUGAUCUUGUUAUUCAUUAUUGAUAUAGAUAGGUGAUUAUAGGCUUGGACUGUUAGGGUCACCUGGUGGUAGAUGGUGGAUAAAGUUCCUGGACACAGUUUAAUCCAACACCUAUUUAUUAUUCACUAUCAGGAGAGGCAGGGAAAGGAUAAGGAGGUAGAAAUACAAUAGGAAAACUCUUAACCUAAAUCUAAGAUUUCUAAAUAUAUCCCAUGAAACUAAUCUGCGAAGAUUUGCUUCUUGUUCACCAAAGGUGGAGCUCCUUAAACUAUUGCACAACUGUCUACCUAAACCCCAAAUCUAUCUAUCUGACCUUAUUCUAAUAUAGAAACUUCAAUAUUAUUAACCUCCUUAAGAACUAUUUCAAAAUUCACAAGUUGUCUUCUCUAACUGACCAAUGUGGUAGUUAGAAAUCAAAUGGUUUCCUCUGACUUUUCCCAGCAGGGAGUCAGAGCUCACGCUGUUUAGUGAGAGCAAACAGUGUCCUCUACUUGGCAGCUGCUUUUCCCUUUCAGGAGAAUGACUCUCAAACCAAACAAAACUCUUCCCACCUUCAUAGAUGUUCUUGUAAGGUUUCAGAGUUAAGUUUAAUCAAAAUUACUAGCUGAUAGUAUUCAGAGAAAAGUUACCAACCACAUCUCCAAAAAGUCAGUUUCCAUAGAGUGGCCCAGAAUCCUCUGACAGUCUUCCCAGCAUCCCAAUCUUCCUUAAAGAAUGCAUGGUGAUUUUUUCCCUGGCCUUGCGUUUAAAGGGGACAGGGCAAAAAUCCUUGCUCUGGUCUACAUCUCUAUUUCUAAUUGUGCUAUAUAAUUAAUUAGUAACUAAUUAAGUCUUACAUAGCAGAACACAGGGGACUCCCUAAAACUCUUUGGACCAGUCCUGUUAGAUCACAGAUGUAGAGACUUUGAAGGCCCAUAGAGGCUUUGUUGUGAGAAGAUCAGAGGAGCCAGAAGGCAUUCCAGUAGGAAAGGAGAACAGAGGAAUUUGGCUGGGCAGUAAUUUGACCUCUCAGUAUGUGUUCCUGUUCUACUUGCUCUGACAACCUUGCUCACCUUUCAACCUUUAAAGGAGGGCUAACCCCUCAUUUGUGCUUCCCUCCCUUCCCCACUACUAGUCCUGGACUUAUAAAUAGUGUGUGGACUGAGGAGAGAACACUGAGCUGAAGAGCCUGGUCAUGAUGUUUUGCUUAUUACUCCUGACCGUUUCCCUCCUGGGGAGCUCAUUCCCUGUGAUUAAAAACAGGGCUGAGGCUAUCAUUGUUGGUGGUAUUGAAGCUGAGGAGGAAGAAUGGCCAUGGCAGGCUAGUCUGAGAAUCAUGAGACGUGGUUCCUGGAAACACCUCUGUGGGGCAUCUCUUAUCCACCCCAAUUGGAUCCUGACUGCUGGACAUUGCUUUGGCCUUCUUGGAACUGAUCCCUCAAACUACAUGAUCCAACUGAGGCAACAGAAUCUAUAUGAAGGGGACAACCUGCUGCCUCUGGAACAGAUCAUUGUCCACCCCUACUUUGCUGAUGUUCGCAGUGGCUUUGACCUCGCUCUGCUAAAGCUUGAGUCCCCUGCCCAGCUGACUGAAAAUAUCCAACCUGUCACACUCCCUUCAUCUUCACAGAUCUUCACCUCAGACAUGGAAUGCUGGGUGACUGGCUGGGGGAACAUUGAUUCUGGAGUGCAUCUGUACCCUCCCUACACCCUGAGAAAGGUUCAAGUUCCUGUGAUGGAUGCUCUUACCUGUGAUGAGGAAUAUCAUAUUGAUAGCCCAUUUGACUCAUCAGAGAGGAUAAUCCUAGAUAACAUGUUAUGUGCUGGGACAAUUUACAGAGACGCUUGUCAGGGUGAUUCUGGUGGCCCCCUGGUCUGUAAUGUCCAGGAUUUCUGGCUUCAAGCUGGCAUAGUGAGUUUUGGAGAAAACUGUGGUGCUCCUCAUAGGCCUGGAAUCUACACUAGUGUCCCAGCCUUUGUGGAUUGGAUCCAAUCACAAAUAAGUGCCCAAGAAGCUGUAUAGAACAGAGGUGAGAACCAUGGACUGAAUGUCACGACUCUUGGAUUCUAGUUCCUUGGUCUUCUUCAGUGGCAGCUAGGUGGUGCAGUGGAUAGAGAACUGAGUCUGGAGCCAAGAAAAUCUGAGUUCAAAUUUGGAGCUGCAUGACCCUGGGCAAAUCACCUAACAGCUGUCUGACUCAGUUUCCUCAAAUGUAACAUAAGGAUAAUGACAGCACCUACCUCAGAAGGUUGUUGUGAGGAUUAAAUGAGAGAAUAUUUAUGAAGUGCUUAAUUCAGUGCCUGGCACAUAGUAGAGGCUACGGAAAUGUUUAUUCCCUUCUCUUCUUUCCUUCUUCCACUGACUCUCUGAAUGACAAUCUCUGUCUGUCUGUCUGUCUGUCUGUCUGUCUGUCUGUCUGUCUGUCUGUCUCGAUAGGGAUAUUAGGGUUUUGAUGUUAAAAGAUCCCUCUAUUGCAAAUAUGAAUAAUUUGGAAAUAGGUUUUGAACAAUGAUACAUGUAUAACCCAGUGGAACUGCUUGUCAGCUUUGGGAGGGGGGAGGAAAGAGGGAGGGGAUCAUAAAUAAUGUAAUCAUGGAAAAUACUCUAAAUAAAAAUAAAAAAAUUAAAAAAAAGAAGUUGAGUAGGUUUAUUAGAUGGGAAGUUACAAGAAAUAAAAAUUUCAACUUCAUAGGAAAGGGAAAUAACUAAGAGUCAGAGCUGUCUUGUCAAGAAAUGGGCUGCUCUAUUAGGUGAUGAGUUUCCCACUUACAGUCCUAUAAAAGAGAUUAUUAUUGAUUUAAUUGGGAAGUAGAUGAGCUGAUUUUUCAAAAACAUCCCAGUCCAAGAUUU